AUUUCUCAUUUGCUCUUUAACUCGUGGAGACUUUCUAACAUGUCUACGAAGGCAGAGCAAUUUGGCUCUAAGAUUCGAUACUUGCAAGAGUAUCACAACCGUGUGCUUCACAAUAUUUACCCAGUGCCAUCAGGAACAGACAUUGCAAACACUCUGAAAUACUUUUCCCAGACCCUGCUCAGCGUUCUGCGGGACGCCCCGGCCGACCGGGGUGGUGCCACCCAGCAGAGUCGGGAGGUUCAGAUCUCAGAUUACCCCUCACUGGACUAUCAGGGGCUCUAUGCCACCCUCGUCACCUUGCUUGACCUGGUGCCCCUGCUGCAGCACGGUCAGCACGAUACGCAUGAGAUGCAGUGA